GGGAGUUCUCACGAACUGGGUGGCUAUUCAAUACGGGGAAAGUUUCGAAAUUCCUCCCCUUGUUCCUUUUGACCGAAGUAAAGAGUUCGUGAUUGUGAUGACGAGGCGGUCCAAUAGACUGUUCCGCUCCACUGAGGACGUUUGUAAAUCGUAGCCGUGAAGUGACACCUCAAAAUUCAGUAUUCGAAUUCGUUCAUGAUUUUAAUAUUUCCUACAUCGGAAUAAGAGCAUGGAAUGACACAUAUGGUGAUUCUAGUUCUUUAUGGGCGAGUAAUGAUAAGGUUUACCUAAGACACAGAGGACUGUUAGAGGGACAGUGCUGUUUAUCUAAGGAUUAAUUUGGCGGUCCCUCCUUUUCCAACACAUCAACGAGCAGCGAGGACUGAAACCACAGCCUAAACACAACUAAAACAAAGUCACACCAAACCUAAUCGUCACUGGAUUGAAAUCAAAGUUUACAAGUGAUUUGUGUGUGAUAAUAAUGAUUCCAAAAUGAAAUAUUUGUUCGACUAAAAAGAAGUGUAUUAAAGUAUUUCCACUGGAAAAGUAACUACUGCUGAUCAUUAAGUAUUAUUUGUGAUACUCGAAAAACAAAAUACUCACAUUCUCCGGCGAUGAACCCCCCGGCCACUCUCUGUGUUCUGUGGAUGGCGGUAUUAUGGAUUCCUCCCAUUGAGGGAGGGAUUUCGCGCUCAUUGACAAACACAGUGUGUCAGAGGAGGGACAGCGGGUGCACAUGUACUACCGACUCCUCGGGAGGUCUGUCUGUAUCAUGUAAAUCCCAGGGAGAAUCGGAAUUUCCCCUGGACUUACCUUCACAAGCUACCACAAUCACCUUAUCAGGCUAUCAAGUAUAUAACAUCACCAGGUCUGACUUUCUAGGUGCUACUAUGCUACAAGAAUUAAACAUAAUAAACUGUAAAAUUCAAGUCAUAGGGGGCUGGGCCCUAGACCAUCUCUAUCAAUUGCAGACAAUUAAUCUAGAAAGGAAUAAACUAUCCGCUGUGGAUAAGAAUACAUUCUAUCACAUGAUUCGAUUAAAGAAAAUCAACCUUAGCUUGAAUAACAUUAGAUUCAUCGACGGAGACGCAUUUUACUCUCUUCACAACUUAGCGGAAUUAAAUUUGAGAGAUAACCCAUUACAAUGUAAUUGCGAGAUGCAAAGAUUUAAGGAAUGGAGUUUCAUCAGAAGACAACAGGUCGCCUUGCUGGACGCUAGAUGUGCCAACAAAAAUAAUUUGUCCCUCUUUGAUGUCAAAGAUUUUGGUUCAUGCACAUCCCCUACUUUGUUUCACAAGCACAAUUGUUAUAUCUGUAGUGGUACGUUAUCUCACAAUGACUGUCAGGACCAACUAUGUUCUACAAAUGAGGCUUGUUUUUCCCAGAUCAAUUAUGUAAAUAAUAAAGUAUAUAUCUACAAAGGAUGUACUGUAGACACAGAUUGUGCUAACCGAGAGAAACAGAAUGUAAACAGUUGCUACAACACAGAUGGCUCUCGAAGUUGUUAUUUCUGUUGUCUUGACAACAAGUGUAAUGGAAAAUCUCUGGGACGAAGGACAAAAGAAGUUCACUUUUACAUUCCAAUUACGAUGCCUGAGCUAACCUAUCCCUAUCUUUCCCAGAAUUAUAAUAAUACUGUCUUUGGAACACUAAAUAUUAUGCGAUACAAUAUUCUCACAAAUUUUCUCGAGAGCAAUUGCUCCUUUGCUGCUGAUGAUGUCACAGUACAACACUCAGGUCCACCCGAAUUCACAAUAUAUUUCAAGGCUAUCUGUACGACUUUGAGGGAGUACAAAAAGACAGACAUACAGUAUGUACUUGAAAAGUUCCUAAAGUCCAUCCCUUCACUUUCAGCGUUAAAAAUCCUUAAAGUCGACAUUUAUUAUACAGGUUACUGUGAGGCGGAGAAUACGACUAAUUACCCCAGACAGGGAGUUUGGCCUGCUACUAAGUAUGGAGAGGUGGCUCAGCUUUACUGUGCAGACAACAUCCUUGUCAGAAGGAUGUGCUCCGAGACUGAGGGCUGGGCUCCCCCGCCGUUAUGUUCCGUAACACAACCACCGAUCACCACAACCCUUGCCCCCACCACAACCACCGCUUCUCUAGAAGAGCUCUCCACUCGUACUGUGGAUGAUAAUUCGGCUGAUGAAAUUGCCGAGCAGCUGUACCUUCAAACAGAGAGGGCCCCUGAGUUUACGGAUAGAGACAUCAACAUGACGGUCUCUCUCCUAGAAAAACUAGAGAGUUUACAGAGCACGUAUACCGCUGACAACAGAGAGAAGAAUAUUGUGGGCGUUAUGAGUCACAUCAUGAAUGUACGGGAGACAGAAUUCAGUCUGGCGGAAAAGAAAUUUCAAUCUGCUAGCAGAUUACUAGGGUCCAUUCAGAAGCUGUCUUCAUCUACAAGCUUAAGUAAGGGGGAUUUCAAACAGGUUGAAUCCAACAUUGGGAUAAUAGCGGCGUCCACCAGUAGAGCAAACUAUAACGGCAUAGUGCUGGCUUCACUGGCUCAUCCCAGCAGUGAACUGGACGAAACAAACCUGGUUCUGAUAAAGGAUGGAACGAUUCCGGCCCAAUCGGCCUCCUGGAUACACCUUCCCAGACAACUCAUGUCAGAACUACCGUCUUCUUCUGCACCAGCAAGAGUCACCCUAGCAGCCUUCAAAAACGACAAAAUGUUUAGAGCCAUUCGAUCGACUUCUAAACCAGAUGACGACGAUGAUGAUGAUGAAAUUAUAUUGAGAAGUGAGUCUAACAGUGUUAUUCUCUCAGCACAAAUACCCAACGUCAAAGUGGACAACCUUGACACACCCAUAGAAAUGCGAUUCCAACAAAACAUCAAGGUCAAAAACGAAAUCACGGAUUCAUCGACAGCAGAGAAUGCCACCUGUGGUUAUUUUAUUGAGGUGGGACCUAACAAAGGUCACUGGUCAAGUGAAGGGUGUAAGGUCGAAGUUCACAAGCCAGGGGAGUAUACAGAGUGUCAAUGUGAUCAUCUCACUAACUUCGCCUUGUUGAUGGAUGUAUAUAGUGUGGGAGGAGAUCUAAGUGAGGCCAAUAAGAUGGCCUUGACCUACCUGUCAUACCUGGGAUGUGGUAUCUCCCUCCUAGGCCUCAUCCUGACACUUAUCACGUACUUCAUGUUCAGAAAACUACGCAGCCAUAAUCCAGCAAAGAUUUUAAUUAACCUUUGUAUCGCUAUUGCUGCCACGGACCUUAUAUUUCUGGCUGGUCAACAAGAAUAUACUCUAAAGAAUGAAAUAGGAUGCAAAAUUGUAGCAGCCUCCCUUCAUUUUUUCCUCCUAUCCGCCAUGUGUUGGAUGCUAGUAGAGGCAUAUUACAUGUACAUAGCUCUCAUCAGAGUUUUUAAUUCACACAUAUCAUUAUUCAUUCUGAAAAGCGUGGCAGUUGGAUGGGGUAUACCUUUGCUCAUUGUUGCCAUAACACUUGGAGUGAAUACAACUGAUAACUACGGCAAUCAGAAAGGAGGAAUAUGUUGGCUGAAUCCCAUUCCAUUUUACGCAGCUUUUCUCGCACCUGUUGCAAUCAUUAUGAUUAUUAAUUUCAUUGUGUUCGCCAUGGUUCUUCGCCAGCUCUUAGGAGCAGCAACAAAGAAUCUUAACAAGACUGAUUCCACCAAAACCUCAUCGCGCUUGCGCGGAGCUGUUACUUUAGUGAUUAUGUUGGGAUUGACGUGGGUGUUUGCAAUUCUGGCCAUCGAUGGAGGGGCACCAGUUUUUCAAUAUUUAUUUACAAUAUUUAACUCUCUACAGGGAUUGUUUAUCUUUGUGUUUCAUUGUUUGCUGAAAACUGAUGCCCAGAAGGCGUGGAAGAGGGCUUGUUGUGCCGGAGACAAGGACAAGGAUUCAAAAACAUCCAAAGGUUAUUCCAGCAAUGGGCAAGACAACAUGUCUAAAUCUACAGCCUCCUUCUCAGAUAUUAAUACAGACGUCAAACACAGAGAGAAGUCUGCUAAUGGUAUUUCCAGCAAAAGUCGUGCGAAAGAUUUCCCAUCCUAUUCUGGAUCAUCUAUUUGACAAAAUAUACCAAUCAACAAACAACAAUAACUUAACAACAAUAAGAACAAUCAUUAAACAACAAUCAACCAACAGGUUGCUUUAUACAGAUCUCGGUUACUGCUACUAUAGGAAAACUUAUUUCAUCAAAAAGCUUUGAACAUGUAUAUUAUGUUUAACAAUCACGUUAAUUUCUAACAGUAUAGCAUUGUAUACUUCUAUAAUUAUUUUCAUGUCAAUUAUACAGAAGGUUUCUUGUAUAUGUUUUGCUGUUAUCUGCUACACGUUCAAUUUAUGGAAAAUGAUUUUUAGUUAAACUGUGCAGAAACAAGUUGUUUUGAUU